CGACGACGACGACGACAACCGCCAUCAUCACCAUCAGCGCCAGCUCGCCUCUGCGACAAGCAACCGAGGCGAUCUCCGGGCUGAUCCCUCUGCAAUCUCUGCGGCCAGUUGGUUCGCCACGGAUCCGAAAGAGCUUGUCUAAGCUUGAAUUUAUUUAAUUCUUCCGCGCCUCCCGUCGCGGUCACAACUCUCUCUCCUCUUCAUCCCAUCGCCACCCAACACAAGACGAGACCGCUGCUUGGGACGAAAUCUGCUCUCUCUUUCCCCCCUCUUCUCCUCUUUUAUCACUCUAUAGAUUGCUACUACUGCUAUAUCGCAAUCCAGCCUUGAAAUGUCACAUUCUUCUUCUCCUCCCUCCUCCGCCGCCGCCCGGCGCGCUCGCAACGGCUCUCUUACGCUCGAUCUGUCCAACAUUCCCCUGCUCUCGCAGCCUUCUCCGCCCUCGAACACUCUUCUCAUAACGGAGCUACACAACUUGAAAAUCUUCCAGCCUAACUCUCUCUCCCUAAUCAAGUCUCACAUUACCGCCGUCGCCCCACUGAACUCGUUCUCACCGCUCCCGUCCCUUCGACGUAUAGUCUGCUCUUUCCACACCACAGACGCCGCCGUCAAAGUGCGCCAGCUACUCGAAACCACCACAGCUCUAGGCGACCACUUCCGGCCUAGAAUAUAUUUCGGCGAGCACACACCCGUCGAAGACGUGGAAGAAGUGAAGAAGCGCAAACUCCUCGAGGCCCCCCACGCAGAGAAGCUGUUCUUCAUCAGUCCGCCUCCCAGCCCGCCGCACGGCUGGAUUCUGCGCAAUGAGGAUCCUCCUAACAAAGAAGUCCACGCUUCCGAUCUGGCAGACGCCCUCAGCAGGCUGGGACGGUCCAACAGCUCUCCCGUCACGCCAGACUCCCCAGGCUCGAUGGCCGAUGUGGCCAUGCAGGAUGUUGGUCUGCCGUCGAGGACCAUGACGAUGACACAGCGGAGUCGGAGCAGUACCCUGAUCUACCAUCCCGAGGAGCACGGGAGCAGCCCACACCUGCCCGCCGUCAUGGUCGAGGAUACGUCGAUCGAUCCCGACGCCUCCGAUUUAGAGAUGGAGAUGAGUCCCGUCGAACAACCGAGGAGGAUCCUAGCCCAUACCCCACGUCCGCCCGUUGAGCUCAUGCACUAGGUUGACCUUUACCCAGCAUUAGAGCUCUCCUAAUCUUGAUCUUCCUGUCUUUAUUCUUACUUUCUUCCUUUCUUCUUUUCUUUAUUUUUCCUUGGCUGAUUUUUUGUGUUAUUGAGCGUUCCUAGGAUUUCUUGCUCAUCAAUCUGCAGCAUCGACCUCUUGGGAGGAAACAUGGGUGUUUAUGGGUGUCUUUUUGCAGCCACGAAAGGCUUUUUUUCUUUCUUAUAUUCAUGAUGGAUUCAGUCUUUGGUUACCUAGAGUCCAUUUUUUUUUUUUUUUUUUUUUUUACAGUUCAGAAUACCGCAAUCUCUUGCAUUGGGUAGGUAGCAUUUGGUGAGAAAAAUGUUAUCUUUCCAAUUUU